GAGAUAUUGAACUCAAUUUGAGACCAGUUCGUAUGACUACAGAUAUACUGAAAGUGAAAUCAGCAACUCUUACUGCUGCAAUGUCUGCUGAUCCUGUAAGAAUAUCAGAUAAACUAUAUGCCGAAGAGCUCAUACCACAACAAACCAAAAAUGAAAUUCAUAUAGCAGCAGAUUCUAUGUAUACCAAAGCUAGCAAACUGAUGAAUGCUAUUGAAGGACAAUUGGCAGGUUUAGAAGGCUUGGAUGAUUCUCUUUAUUCAAGACAGUAUCUGAUUAAUUUUUGUAAAGUACUAAUAAAUCAACACUCAAGGAGCCCAGCGGAUCUUGCAAAAUCUAUGUUAGAUGAGCUAG